GUUGCACAUGGCAAACAAGUAUGUGACAGCACUGAAGCAGUUAAGAGACAUUCAAUGGCAUUCUUAACUCUGACAUCACAGCCAAAAGGCCUUCUGUCACCCUCAGGGACUUACGCAGCGAAGUCUUUAGAAAUGUGCAUGAAGUUCUUCAAUAAUCAAGAGCGUCUAUAAAGUGUCUUUCCGUUUUGGAGACUGAGCUGAAGAGUGUUCCUACUGGCUUGCCUCCUGUUUCUGUUGUGAUUCUCUCCUGCUGCCUGACUCGCCAUGGGAGGAUGCUUCUCCAAGCCAAAACCAGUUGAAGUAAAAAUUGAAGUUGUACUACCUGAGAAAGAGAGGAACAAGGAAGAAAUCUCACCCAAUGGGAAAGCCAGCCCGCUUACUUACAAAGUAAAUGGAACUGUCUGUCAUUACCAUCUUGAAGAACAUCCCAUCUCUAUCAACCCCUAUCAGAAUCUAAAGGAUGUGGUAGAAGCCUCUGUGUGCCAUGUGAAGGACCUGGAGAAUGGGCAGAUGCGAGAAGUUGACCUGGGCUGUGGGAAGGCUCUGUUGAUAAAGGAGAAUGGAGAAUAUUAUGCAAUGGGACACAAAUGCCCUCACUAUGGAGCCCCACUUGUAAAAGGGGUUCUGUCUAAAGGAAGAGUGCGCUGUCCCUGGCACGGUGCUUGUUUCAACAUUGGCACUGGUGAUAUAGAAGACUUUCCUGGCUUGGACAGCUUACCCAAAUUCCAGGUGAAAAUUGAGAAAGAGAAAGUGUACAUCCGAGCAAGCAAACAGGCUCUUCAGACACAAAGAAGGACAAAGGUGAUGGCCAAGUGUAUCUCGCUUAGCAACUACAACAUCACCAGUACUAAUAUCCUGAUCAUUGGAGCAGGUGCUGCUGGAUUAGUUUGUGCAGAAACCUUAAGACAAGAAGGGUUCUCAGACAGGAUUGUAAUGUGCACAAUGGACAGACACUUGCCUUAUGACAGACCCAAGCUAAGUAAGUCAAUGGAUUCUCAUUCAGAUCAGAUCACCUUGCGCCCUAAGGAAUUCUUUCGUACAUUUGACAUUGAGGUCCUGACUGAAACACAGGUUGCAGCUGUGGAUAUCAAGAACAAGAUAGCUGUGUUCAAGGAUGGAUUUAAGAUGGAAUAUAACAAACUGCUGAUAGCGACUGGAAGCACACCCAAAACCCUUAGCUGUAAAGGCAAAGAAGUGGAGAAUGUUUUCAACAUCCGAACCCCUGAAGAUGCCAACCGGGUUGUAAAACUGGCUACCAGCAAGAAUGUCAUUGUAGUGGGAGCCUCUUUCCUUGGGAUGGAGGUAGCAGCCUAUCUCACAGGAAAGGCUCAUUCAGUAUCCGUGGUUGAACUGGAAGAGGUACCUUUCAUGAAGAUUUUUGGGGAGAAAGUUGGUCGAGCAAUCAUGAAGAUCUUUGAAAACAACAGGGUGAAGUUCUACAUGCAAACUGAGGUGUCUGAACUGCGGGAACAGGAGGGCAAGCUUAAGGAAGUUGUACUGAAGAGUGGAAAGGUUCUCCGUGCAGAUGUCUGUGUUGUUGGCAUAGGUGCAGUUCCAGCAACUGGAUUUCUGAAGCAGAGUGGUAUUAAUAUUGAUUCCAAAGGCUUCAUUGUAGUUAACAAGAUGAUGCAGACCAACAUCCAAAGUGUUUUUGCAGCUGGUGAUGCUGUAACUUUUCCCUUGUCAUUGCGUAAUAAUAAGAAGGUGAACAUCCCUCACUGGCAGAUGGCUCAUAUGCACGGUCGCAUAGCAGCUCUGAAUAUGUUGGCUCAUGGCACAGAGAUCAGCACAAUCCCUUAUCUAUGGACUGCCAUGUUUGGAAACAGCAUACGGUAUGCAGGCCAUGGGGAAGGAUAUGAUGAUGUCAUCAUUCAAGGAGACUUAGAUGACCUAAAGUUUGCAGCAUUUUUUACUAGGAACGAUGAGGUGGUUGCAGUGGCCAGUAUGAACUAUGACCCAAUCGUCUCUAAAGUGGCUGAGGUCAUGGCCUCUGGAAAAACAAUCAGAAAGCGUGACGUGGAAACUGGAGAUAUGUCUUGGCUAACUGGAAAAGGCUCUUAACAUGUGGAACAACUGCUUUCUACUGACGCUGCAUUUGCCAGAGAGGAGACGGGCAAUCUGGAGGUUCUUCUGCAAAAUACAAAUCAAGUCAGCCAAGCCACUGUCUUUCAUACUUACGAGACUUCGAGAAAUCCUGUAUCUUUCAUUGAAUAGUUAUUUUCCCAGCAAUCUCCUUUGUACAUACAGGGUGUGUCUACACAUGUGCUUUAAUGUGCAGUAGUUCAUUCUACUGCACAUUAAAGUGUCACAACAAAAACAGUGCUAAUAUGCUAAUGCGCAGUAGAAUUAGUCUACUGCACAUUAAGUAUCACCAAAAAAGUGUUUGCUUUUGCUACUGUGCAUUAGGGUAGCCUAAUGCGCCUUUAUGUAGUACCUCAUUAGAGGUAUUAAACUUAAUGCACCGUAGCAAAAGUGCAUUAAUGAAUGUGUAGAUGUACCCAUUAACAGCCAGUGGUUGUGAAGCCUGCACUUGGGCUCUCCAUGUUUUAAAAAUCCUACAGAAGUAGAAGAUGAAAACAGAGAAAGCUGCUUGCACUGACAUUUACAAACUUGAGAAAGAAUACUAUUGACAUCUCUUCAUGAAUUCUGCUCACUUCAGGGGUAUGACGAAAGCUGGCUGUAAACUACCUGCAUUUUGUUCUAGUGGGAGGUAAACUGGGGAAAUCAAGGCAACUAAUUAAUCUGGGAAGCAUUUUAAAUGGAUUCACUCACUAAACAUCCAUUCAGCUUAUAAACAAUUCAGUGCCUUUCACCUCAUAUUUCUAUGUAAACCGUUAACCACAUUACUCCCACCCACAAUCCCACCUUUACUCACAUGCACCCAGUUGCAUUUCCUGUGCAGCCCACAUCCAUGCUCCCACUGCACCAUGAGCAUCUAGCUACACUCUCCCUUGAUUCCACACUCUAACUCAUAUCCACACAAUUGCAAGCAUGCUCUCACCUACACCCUGUCACUUUCCAACCCGUGCCAGCCCUGAACACCCCACCAUGCCCUCAUGUUAUGGUCCAGCACUUACACAGACUCUCAGUUGCAUAUCUGCACCCCCACAAACACAUACUGUGCAUCCACAGUGUCAGCCUAACCCCCAACUACCCACAUCAGCACCCUUACAACUACAUCCUGACCCUCAGGCAUUGGCCUGUACAACCUGAUCUCUCAUGUAUUCCAGUUUAAUAUGCACUAGACCGAUAUAACCUAAUUUUUGUUGUUGUUGUUGAUGAUGAUGAUCCUUUGAAUUUGAAGAUGACCAUGAUAUCACUGA